AAAAUAUUUUUUGUCUGUGUCCGUCAUCCAUCUUUCAUUCAAUGCGUUUUCUACACGAGUUUAUACAAAUAUUGCAUUUAUUUCAUUGGUUUUAAUUUAAUAACACUUUGUUGUAUGUAUAAUACUAUUUAACACAAACGAAACUAUUAAUCAAUAAGAUGUCUUCUGGAAGGCCAAUCAAGUGUGUGGUAGUGGGAGAUGGUACCGUCGGAAAAACAUGUAUGCUGAUAUCCUAUACCACUGACAGUUUCCCUGGUGAAUACGUGCCUACAGUGUUUGAUAAUUAUUCUGCGCCUAUGGUGGUAGACGGUGUCGCGGUAUCUUUAGGCCUAUGGGAUACUGCAGGACAGGAAGAUUAUGACAGACUUAGACCACUAAGUUACCCCCAAACAGAUGUCUUCCUCAUAUGCUUCAGUGUGACAAGUCCAUCUUCUUAUGAAAAUGUUACUUCCAAAUGGUACCCUGAAAUUAAACAUCACUGCCCAGAUGCACCAAUUAUUUUGGUUGGGACUAAAAUAGACUUGAGAGAUGACAGAGAAACAUUGAGUUUGCUAUCAGAACAAGGAAUGUCUCCUUUAAAAAGGGAACAAGGUCAGAAAUUGGCAAAUAAAAUUAGAGCUGUAAAAUAUAUGGAAUGCUCAGCCUUGACACAGCGUGGACUCAAACAGGUGUUUGAUGAAGCAGUUCGAGCAGUUUUGAGACCAGAACCUCAGAAAAGGCAUCAAAGGAAGUGUUUAAUAAUGUAGAUAUAAUUAUAUUAAACAUGGC